AUGAUCAAAAUUGUAGAAAGUAAAGAUAUUAUAAAAAAUUCGAUCAACCUAAUUUGGAAAACAACUGAAAGAAGUGUUGUCACUGUUACCUUCAAUAGGCAGUUACACUUAGCAACUAUCUCCUUAGAUAAUAGAAUUAACACUACUCUAAAUUUGGAAACACCAAGAGUAGUCCUUAUUAAAGAAGACAUUUCUAGCAAAAUAAUAAAUAAACAUGCUGGUUCUAUUAUGAUUGAAGAUGUACAGCCAUAUUACAGAAGUAAACCAGAAGCAAAUAACUGGAAUCGUGAAUUUGCCAAAGGUGAAAGGGUUGCAAGUCAUGGUGAGGCUGGAGAACAAAGGUUAAAACAAUUAGUUAAUUAUGACUAUUGGAAUAUUCGACAGCAUCCAAAAUUAAAAACUAUAGGUUAUAUUUUAUUUAUGGAUAAUGAGAGUUCUUAUAAAGUUACCUUUAGUUGGUCACAAACAGAGCUAAAAGAGAAUGAUCAUAUCUUUCAAUGUGGAACUGCUUCUUGUAAAUUUGUAGCAGAUUCUGGAGAAUUUUCUGAACUGCCUGCUGUAACCCAAACGAAUCAAGUUACUCCACAACAAGCACUAAAUCCGCUGCAAGUUCAUGAUGUUGAUUCAAGCAAAAACAUUUUAAAUAAUAUAUCUUCUCAAAGAAGUUAUAG